UCCAUGCUGGAGUCAGUGUGGCCGGGAGCAGCGGGGGAGGCAGCAGGAUCAGCGCCGGGCGAGCAUCUCGGUUGCACAUAAUACGCGGUGUAUAACGGUGACAGUGGGAGGACACCAGUGGGUGACACGGAAGAGUCUCAGUGUGUGGGUAACGUGUCAUGCAGUGGAUCUGUCAGUGCGACAGACGCAUGUGUGAGUAGCGGCACAGAGAAGCAGGAUGGGGCUGCAGCAUGUCGCGGUGUGAUACAGAGCAGCCUAUUGACUGGCGGAUCCAUUACAAAGGGAUCGUUUAGCCCCAAUGUUACAAGGUCAUCAGUUACAUUGUGUCGCUUUCCCCGCCGGCCAGUGACUCGCGGAAAUAUCCGAUCGCCGCAUCGCAGAAUAAGGACAACACCCAGCAGCAAAGCUUCCAGCCGUCAUGAGCCGCUUGUUUAGUGGAGCAGCGAUCUGCCUGCACCCCCUGCCCUGCUGUCACUGACUAGCAGCCGCCCCAAGCCCAAGCCAGGGGAGACCUCCAGCCUGACUCAACUCAAGCCUGACUCAACUCCAUCCUGACCCAAAUCAAGCCUGACCCAACUCCAGCCUGACCCAACUCAAGCCUGACUCAACUCCAUCCUGACCCAAAUCAAGCCUGACCCAACUCAAGCCUGACUCAACGCCAGCCUGACUCCAGUGCUGCCCCAGGCUCAAGCUCUCGCUAAGUGAGUCAAGUGAGAGCAGUGCAAGUGGCAUUCAGUUAGGUUUCAGCACAGACUUUGCGGCAUUGUCCUGCUUUGUGCUUUGUUCUCCUUGUAGUCUGAUCCCAGUAUCUACAUUAUACAGAAGGAUCCAUAUCCUGGGCAUGCCCUACCCCAGCUUUGCUGCAUCAUCUUUAUCCAGGGGCUUUUGUGUUCCCCUACUGACAUAUGAAUGCACCCUCAGCUGAGCUACUAGCUCCUGUAUCUCUUCUGUGCUCUCAGCUGCUCCCAGGGACAAAGCAGAAGCUGUAAGAGUUAUUGGCUUUACUCCUGGACUGUUUAUGUGGCUUCCUUUACCCUUGUGUCUUCUUCAAAACUCUCCUUCCUCUAUAACCUGGGCUUAUACCCCAACCCAACCACAAAGGUAAUGGAGCGGCUCUGCUGGGGUUGGUGGUGGCAUCUUGGCUUUUUGUGCCUUAUGCAGUGGGCAGCUGGGGACACUGGAAGUAAAACCAAAAGCUGCAGUGAGGUGAAGCAGGUGUACCUGGCUAAAGGCUUCAGCCUGAAUGGAGCACCCCAAUCAGAAAUCUCAGGAGAGCAUCUGAGGAUCUGUCCUCAAGGUUACACCUGCUGCACCUCAGAGAUGGAGGAGAACUUUGCCAAUAUAAGCAGACUGGAGUUUGAAUCCAAACUGAGGGAAUCCAGUGCUUCUAUUCAGAGGCUGCUCACUACACAGCACAGGAACUUUGACAGUUACUUCCAGGACUUGCUGAAUACAUCAGAGCGGGUUCUUCAAGAAAGCUUCCCUAGCCAAUAUGGAGAUCUUUAUAGCCAAAAUAGCAAAAUAUUCAAAGACUUGUACUCAGAACUGCGUCAGUAUUACAGAGGCUCCGGAAUUAACCUGGAAGAAGCCUUGACGGAAUUCUGGAGCCGCCUGCUGGAGCGUGUGUUCAAGGCACAGCACACACAGUACUCCUUUUCAGAAGAGUACAUGGACUGUUUAGUGAAGCAAUAUGAGCAGCUCAAGCCCUUUGGGGACACCCCACGAGAGGUGAAGCUAAAAGCAGCCCGAGCAUUUAUUGCAGCCCGUUCCUUUGUGCAAGGACUCAAUGCUGCUGCUGAUGUUGUCAGGAAAGCCAAUCAGGUUCCCAUGAGCACAGAGUGCGCACGUGCCACCAUGAAGCUCAUGUACUGUCCUCACUGCCGCGGCCAUUCCAGCAUAAAGCUUUGUGGUAACUACUGCUGGAACGUCAUGCGCGGUUGUCUGGCCAACCAGGCAGAUCUGGACUCAGAAUGGAGAAACCUUAUUGAGUCACUGCUGCUGGUGGCUGACAAGUUUACUGGGUCUUCCAAUGUGGAGAAUAUUGUGGGGGCGAUCCACACCAAGAUUUCGGAGGCAAUUACUCACAUGCAGGAAAACAAGGAACUCCUAACAAACAAGGUAUUUAAAGUCUGCGGGAAUCCAAAAAAGACCAACAAAGGUUCCAAAUCUGAGGAGAGGAGACGGAAAGGCAAGGCUACUCAGGAAGAAAAAUCUGCUGUUGCCACAAUGGACAACCUGAUUUCAGAUGUGAAAGGAAUACUGAGUGAUAUUCAAGAUUACUGGGUUACUCUACCAAGUUUAUUCUGCACAGAAAAGGUGACUGCUGGCCCUGGAAACGAAGACAAGUGCUGGAAUGGAAUAACUAAGGGCAGGUAUAUGCCUGAACCCAUGGGUAGUGGUUUGGCCAAUCAGAUUAACAACCCAGAGGUUGAUGUUGACAUUACAAAGCCCGAUAUGACCAUUCGACAACAAAUAAUGCAGCUGAAGAUCAUGACAAGUCGCCUGAGAAAUGCAUACAAUGGCAACGAUGUGGAUUUUCAAGACACCAGUGAUGACAUCAGCGGCUCUGGAAGUGGCGAUGGCUGCAACGAGGACAUAUGUGGUAGAAAGCUCUCUGGAGACACUGUCAUAAUUCAGACGGCAACACACGUAGUUCUGAACCAGCCUAACCCUGGGGCGUCAGGGACGGGCACCCACCUCUAUUCCUGGGACCUAAUCAUAUGUCUUGUGGCUCUACUUGUUGCACAGUGCACCAGAUGGUAACUGAUAUCAAUUGUCAUAAUAAAGGGAAUGCUCUUGUGUUUGCCCAAAAUAAACUUGACAACGUCCAGAUUUUGGAAGCGGAAGCGCGUGCGGGCAUCUGGGUCACUAUAACACUGUGCUCUUCUGCAGUCUCAGCCUGCCUCUGUACCUCUAGUUUCUUUUGUAUCCGAGUGCAUUUUAUUUGCCAAUACAGAUGGUUUAUAGGUUACUAUUGUUACAAGUGAUGGGAAUCACACUAAUUACAUAUCUUUUUUUUUUUUAAAGAUGAAAUAACUUCCAAGAAAUAUUUAUUAGUUCAGAGACGUACAGCUCCUAGAGUCGCACUGCUGCAGCCAUUUAUGCAAUUUUCUUUCUGUUUCUAUAUAAAGGACCCUUUUGUUAUUUA